AUGACUCUUCCACAAACUUUCAAGCAGGCCGCGUUCAAAUCAGCCGGUGCGCCACUGGUCAUUGAAGAAGUGCCUAUGUUUCAGCCCGGGCCAGCAGAGCUUCUAGUCAAGGUGGAAGCAUGUGGUGUCUGUUACUCGGAUACCUUUGCGCAGAAUAAUAUCAUGGGUGGGGGGUUCCCUCUUGUCCCCGGCCACGAAAUCAUUGGCCGCAUCGCUGCUCUUGGCGACAACGUCUCUAACUGGGCCAUUGGACAGCGCGUAGGUGGUGCCUGGCAUGGUGGCCACGAUGGAACAUGCCACGCCUGCCGUAAAGGCUGGUACCAAAUGUGCGACAACGCCAUCGUAAACGGCGAAACUAAAAAUGGCGGGUAUGCAGAAUACUGCCUCCUCAACGCCGAAGCGGCCGUCCGUAUCCCACCCCACCUCCCAGCGAGCAAAUACGCCCCGAUCCUCUGCGCUGGAGUAGCCGUAUUCAACUCCAUCCGUCACCAGAACAUCUCCCCGGGAGAGACCGUCGCUGUUCAUGGACUAGGUGGUCUAGGUCACUUGGCUAUUCAGUAUGCUGCGCGGAUGGGAUACAGGGUUAUUGCCAUCUCGCGAGACAGACAAAAGGAGAAGUUUGUGCGCGAGCUGGGCGCACAUGAGUACAUUGAUGCUAGUAAGGUUGAUCCUGGUGCUGCACUGAAGAAGCUAGGGGGUGCGUCGUUGAUUGUGUCGACGGUUCCGUCGGCAGAGGUUAUGCCGCCGUUGUUAAAGGGGCUGGGGAUUUUGGGGAAGUUGGUGAUGCUCUCUGUGCCGGGGCCGGUUUCGGUGGAUUCGGGGGUUAUGUUGAAAUAUGGUAUUUCGGUACAGGUGUGGCCGUGUGGUCAUGCGACUGAUACUGAGGAUGCGAUUGCGUUUGCGGAGCUGCAGGGGAUCAAUUGUAUGGUGGAGGAAUUUCCUCUAGAAAGGGCUAAUGAAGCGUUGGAGAGUAUGAAGAAGGGAACUGUCCGCUUUCGCGCGGUUUUGACUAUGUAAUAAGGGAAAUGUGUGGCAUUGAGAAGGGGGUCUCGCGAAUGAAAAUUGAAUACUAAAAUCUCUUUAUAAUGGCAAUAGAAAGACAAAUAUAGAUGAGCAUAUGAACAUUCCAG